AUGAACAAACUGGCGCUGUUGAACACGGAGUUUCAUGUGCCGGGUGUCAAGUUGCUAUUGAAAAAGACAUUAUCGGCACCAGGGGUACGAAAUGGGGGUACGACGCUCGAGACAAAGUAUAUGCGCAAGACGGCUUUCUGGACCACUUUCGACGGUGUGAACAGGCACAGCUACUAUGGAGGUCGAGUCGCGAAGGUCAAAUCCUGCCACCCGAGCUACCUGUGUCUGCUCGGACAGGAGGCUACUUUCGAAGGAGGGAAUGACGAUUAUAUGUAG